CCAUCCUGGGGUGUUGCAGCCCUCCUGCUCCUUGUCCCCACAGCCCAUUCAUGACCUGUGAAGUGAGCCCCACCUUGUGCUAAAACCAUUUCUGGGACAGAGCUGUGAACUGUGUGAGCCACUGAGCAACACUGAAUCACGUUUUUCUCAGUCCUAGCUCAAUGCAGGGCCCCACAGGUAGCAGUGGUGGCACGGGAUGCUGGCACGGAGCCAGCUGCAAGGGUUCAUGAAAGUGGCUGGUGGCACGGUGGAUGCUGUUACCUGGCAACAGUAGUUACUACAUUGAUGGUCGAGUGGCCAAAGUGACAGACUUCCUGAAAACACGCCUGUUGGACACACUCUCAGACCAGAUCAGGAAAAUCCAGAAGGUAGUGAACACGUACACACCAGGGAAGAAGAUCUGGCUGGAAGGUGUUGGCAUGACCUCAGCUGGAGGCAUGAACAACCUCUCCGAUUCGUACGCAGCCGGGUUCCUGUGGCUGAACACACUGGGCUUGCUGGCCAGCCAGGGCAUCGACGUGGUGGUGCGGCAUUCCUUCCUCGACCAUGGCCACAACCACUUGGUGGACCAGAACUUCAACCCCUUACCGGACUACUGGCUGUCCCUGCUUUACAAGCGCCUCAUUGGUCCCAAGGUGCUGGCGAUCCAUGUGGCCGGUCUGCAGAGGAAACCCCGGCCUGGCAGAGUCAUUCGCGACAAGCUCCGGAUUUACGCCCACUGCACCAGCUACCACAAUCACAACUAUGUCCGGGGAUCCAUCACGCUUUACAUCAUCAACCUGCAUCGCUCCCGGAAGAAAAUUAAGCUGGCAGGGACGCUGCGGGAUAAGAUUGUCCACCAGUACCUGCUGCAGCCCUACGGCAAGGACGGGCUCCACUCCAAGUCGGUCCAGCUCAACGGGCAGCCGCUGGCCAUGGUGGAUGAUGGGACUCUCCCCGAGCUGAAGCCUCGCCCGCUGCGGGCCGGCCGCACCCUGGUCAUUCCCCCGCUGACUAUGAGCUUCUACGUGGUGAAGAAUGUGAACGCGCUGGCCUGCCGAUACCGAUAGCCUGCGGCCCACCAGGGACUCGCCAGCCCCGCUCCUGCCCCUGUGCACUGCCCAGGUCACGCUGCCUCCUUGGCAGCCCACGCAGCCUCGCCGUGGGGCCGUGUUGGGCAGCUCCACGCCAUGCCCUCAUCUUCACCCCCAGGAUGUUCUCCACCGUGGCACCACUCCUGCCCUGUGACCGCAGAGCUCCGCGUGCCCUGGCCACCAAACCGCCAGAGCAGUGCGACAGCCAAUUUGCACGGCCUGCCACCCUCCGUCCCGUGAGCUGCGAGGAGCACCCGGGCCCUGGUGCCCACUGGCUGCAGGGAGGGUUGGGGUGCUGAGCCCCGGUGUAUCCCGGGACGGACACCCUCCCGACCCCCUGGUCCCGCUGCCCUUCGGGAUGACUCCUCCAGCAGCCGGACCUUCUCCCCGGAGGCGAGCAGCGCUCCGGUGCAGCAAGCGCAUGGAAGCAGCU